AUUGCUAACAGAUCUAUAUGAUCUUCGAAAAGGUAUGAGAUUCUUUUAUAUAGGUUUUAUAAAAAUAAUGAAGUGAACAUUUUUUAUUGACUUAGUCGGUUAUGCCCCACAUGGUGAAGCCUUUAAUACACUCUGGAUGAUGCAUUGCUUUUGUGGAACAUUGAUGACCGUACUCAAGCUGAAGGAUAUAUGCUAUCUUCAUUGGUGGCAACUGAUGACGUUGGGCUUUAUUAUAGGCGGUUUCUUUAGAAUUUACCUGCAGCCCGCUAAAGACGGCCUCGGCAUGGGUCAGACGGUCACCAAGUACUUUAUUCUCGAAUACAUGCUGCUCACCCUUUUACUAGUCGCCGGUUAUACCAGGGUUUUAAGGUCUCAAGAAGAAGUGUAAUUUAUAUUCGUAAAUUUAUC